AUUUUUGUAUCUUUAAGAUUCUGUUACGCUUUACUAACUAUGAUAUACAAAGAAUCAUACAAGCGGGUUAUUUAACCAAGUCAACUGUUCAUUUCCGCACGUCUUACGCAGUGGGAAGACGAUUUCCUGUCCCUUCAUAAGAAAUAAAGUGUUAAAAAAUAAAAAAAAGUUGUUUUUAACUUUAAUAAAUGGACGUGGAACACGUUGGAGACGACGUUAGUCUUGAAGAUGGUUAUCACUUGGUUUUCAACAACAUAAGUUUUGGCGUCAAGACAUACUUUAAAAAAAAAAUAUGGUUUCCAUAUAAACGAGCUGAUGAGCAGGUGAUUCUCAAAAAUGCAUGCGGUGCCAUCCGACCGAGCCGAUUGACUUUCAUACUUGGACCUUCAGGAGCUGGCAAGACUACACUGCUGAAAAUAUUAGCUGGACGGAAAAAGACUGGCGUAACUGGUUGCCUUCAAGUAUCUGAUCGGAAUAUUGUGUUGGUAGCUCAACACGCUACACUUAUUGACACACUCACUGUGCAAGAGACAUUGCAAUUCGCAGCUUCGUUGAAGCUGCCUCAAGUAACUCGAAAUGAAAGAUACCAUGCGAUUGAAGCAGUAUCAAAACAAUUGGGAAUCUCGGAUGUAUUGAACACUCGAGCUGGUCGCUUAUCGGGUGGUGAACGGAAGCGACUAACGAUAGCAUGUGAACUCCUAACAAACCCUUCUAUACUGCUUCUCGAUGAACCAACUAGCGGGCUUGACUCCGUGUCAUCGAUGUCUGUGGCCCAAGCUCUUAAAUCAGUAGCACGUAGCGGGAGAUUAGUUGCAUGCGUGAUACAUCAACCGUCCUCUCAGCUGUUUACCUCAGCUGAUGACGUCAUACUCCUAGCCAAUGGAAGAACCUUGUACUCUGGGGCGAUUGAGGAUAUCCCUGAAUUGUUAAAAAGGUCUGGCCUUGUCUGCCCGCAGUAUUAUAACAUGGCUGACUAUCUUUUAGAGAUUGCCAGUGGUGAGCACUCUGGAAAUUUAGCACUCCUAGAAAAAGAGGCAAUAACUUAUGCUAAUGAAAUGAAAAAAAUAACAGAGAGAGAAAUUCAGGAGAAAACAGUCAAAGAUAAUUCAACAGAAGCUGAAGCUCUUCUCGAUUCAAACAUAGUGGUUGUAGAUGGAUAUAAUGCAAAUUUCAGCCAACAAAUGUACGCUCUACUCCAUCGAGGAUAUAUAGGGGCACUCCGAGAUGUUCAUUUAACUCAGAUACGACUUGUAUGCCACUUAAUAGUGGCUUUGUUGCUGGGUGCGCUGUACAACGGCGCGGGUACAGAAGCGAGCCGCAUGAUCUCCAACACCGGAUGUCUAUUCUUCUUCCUGCUCUUCCUAUAUUUCUCAAACGCUAUGCCAACAAUACAGACAUUUCCAGUGGAAUCGACUGUCGUCCUUCAAGAACAUCUUAACAAAUGGUAUUACUUAUCAACAUACUGCGCUACGAAAAUUAUAAUUGACUUGCCGAUACAGCUCUUGUGUGCAACAGUCUUCGUAUUACCUGCUUGGUACUUAACAUCACAACCUCUGGAAGCUCAUAGAAUUGGUUUAGCUUGGAUCAUCUGUGUCUUAAUAACGAUACUAGCUCAAACUUUCGGGUUAGUGGUAGGAGCUGCAUGUGGAGUCAAGCUUGGCCUAUUCGUCAUACCAGCCGCAAAUAUUCCGAUGUUGAUGUUUUCGGAAUUUUUCAUACCCUACCAUGAAAUGCCCUCGUAUCUACAACCAUUUGCCUCGAUAUCAUAUUUUCGAUACGCAUUUGAUGCAUUAAUGCAAACUGCGUAUGGUUUCGGUCGUAGUAUUCUUCCUUGUCAUGCAGUUUUUUGUUUAUUUAAACGACCUGAGAAAUAUCUAGAUUACUUAGGUCUUUCGAGAGACUUCAGAACUGACGUAAUAGCUAUAGUUAUAUGGAUUAUAAUCCUAAAAAUAUCACUUAUGUGCGUUUUAAAAUAUAGAGUCUACAGGGCGUGUAGAUAAAACUACAAUAUUGGUACA